AUCAUUAUCAUCGUCAUCGUCGACACCAAAACUGGCUGUGGCUACUCCCUGCUUUUUUUUUUUCGUAUUUCAAGCUACGAACUUAGCCAAGGAGAAGCAACAUCAGCAGCAGCAGUUUGUUUGGAAGUGCUCGGUUCUAAAAGUAUCUUACAUCGAUCAAGUCAGCAUUUUCUUCGAUGAUCACAAUUCAGUUGGUUUCCGUGUGUAUUGAUGAUCGAGUCGCAAAAUAAAAAAAACUCCAAACACCUGUGCGAAUUAUAUAAAAAAAAAUAUCUUAAAGAUACUUACUUUUUUUGUCGGUAAUAAAAGUAUCUAGAUAAAAAAUAAAAAAGUAUCUCGAAAAAACAAGAUCAACAAAUAUGGUUGAAUCAGAAGCUAAUGAAAAACGCCAAAGAUUGAUCUUCAAUUUGAAGAUACUUUUGUGUCUACUUUUAUUGCCAAUAGUUUUAUUUGCUGUCGGAUUGAAACAUAUUUUGGAUUACUUAUUUGGAUCAAAGGAAAAGGAUGUUAAAGGAAAAGUUGUUUUGAUAACCGGAGGCGGAAGUGGCUUGGGGAAGGAAAUGGCAAUUUUGUUGGCAAAAAAGGGCUGUAAAAUUGCCGUUGUCGAUGUGAACACCAAAGCAGGCAAUGAAACAAUUGAAAUAAUAUCAAAGAUUCCUGGUGCCAUGGCUAAAACCUACAGGACCGACGUCUCUUCCUAUAGGGAAAUUCAAGUUCUGGCCGUUAAAAUUGAAAAGGAUCUCGGUCCAGUGGAUAUACUUAUUAACAAUGCGGCCUUAAUGAGUUUGAAUUCGACGCCCAACUUAAAGGCUGAAGAAAUCGAAAGAAUAAUUCUGGUGAAUUUGGGUUCGUAUAUUUUGACAACGAAAGAGUUUUUGCCAAAAAUGAUAGCAAGGAAGUCGGGGCAUAUUGUUGCGGUAUCUUCAUUGGCUGGACUUAUCGCAUUGCCAGGAGCUGGAAUAUAUUCGGCAACAAAAUACGCAAUUAUAGGAUUUAUGGAUUGCUUGAGGGCUGAAUUACGAUUGUCAGAUUGUGAUUUUAUAAGAACAACAACUGCUCAUCCGUAUUUCAUGAAGACAAACGCAGAGGUUUAUGAGACUCUCAAUGAUUUAGGGGUACUAAGUCGAUAUCCAUGUAUGUCUGGAUCAUAUACGGCUGAGAAAAUAGUCGAAGGAAUAUUACGAAAUGAACGAAUGGUUUAUGUCCCCAAAAUGUUUGCACUUGUAGUUUGGUUGCACAGAUUGUUACCUGUGAAAUGGCAGGAUUAUACACUUUUGCAAUUUUACGAUAGCACUUCAAAUAAGUUGGCGCAAUUCUAUUGGAAGUGAAGUGUGACAUUUCUUUUUUCAGCAUUUACGAGUACAUUUUUGAUUUAAGUUGAUAUGAAUUUUUAUGAAUUUAUAAUACAAAUAUGAAAUACGAGUACACAUUUAUAUUUAAAUAAAUAAAAAUAUAUAGAUUUUAUUAAUUUUUAUAAAAUAAAUAAACGAAUAUGAAAUUGUAAGUUAAAAUACAGUAUAUUUAAAAUUGA